GGGGACCGGAGAUAAGUGCUUGGAACCAAUCGGAGGUUUGAGAUUUACGAGCCAGCUAGGAACGGAAGACUUGGAGAUCUCCUUACCUCCCCGAUGAGGAAACCCCGCAAUGAUGCAUCUGUCGGGACUGCCGCGUGUGAAGAGUGGUGGGUGACAUGAGUGAGUGAGCUUCAAUUCCGCAAUCCGCGUUAUCCACUGCAUCGAGAGGAGAGGGGACGAAAGGCAAGCGGAGGAAAAGCAAGCAGAGGAAAGGCAAGGACAGUGACAAUUCAUGCCCAGGGAGAUACAGUCACCAACUACAGUGUCUUUGCUUGUUUCGAUCGUCUGAAAGUCUCCACACGAUACAAACCAUUCACCCAAGACCCAGGCAGAACGACAGGCAAAUUGAAAACAGAAAGACGAAGGGGUAUAUAUAUACACAUAUAUACAUCCAUAUAUCUGUCUGCAAUUGCAAGGCCACUUCCUUCUCGGGCCCGUAACGACUUCCCUUUCAAAUACAAGAAAGCCGUGGCUUUAUUGUCAUCUGUCAUCUGCAUCACCAGGAUUGCGAAGAAUGCUACUCUUCGGACGCCAAUUGUGACCCUCAUAUGUAACCCCGCAUCGAGCUGGAGUUGGGAGAACAGCUUCAAGUUAAACUCUCAAGGCAAUUCCGUGAACCACGGUCUAUUUCCCCUUUCAAUACUUCAAUUAACCAAAACUUUAAGUUUCUUUGCGAUAUAUCUUCACUAGACUUCCAUAAUUUCUACUGUGAGACUGUCUGAAUCGGAGGCGACCAAGACACAUUUACGCCGUGUACAAACAAUGGACAUGACUCGGAAAACCGCCUCAAAAGUGGACGUUCUCAUAAUUGGAGCUGGUCCCGCUGGUCUUAUGGCAGCAACAUGGAUGGCUCGUUGUGGAAUCAAUGCUCGAAUCAUUGACAAGAGAGGCACCAAGAUCUUUAGCGGUCAAGCUGAUGGACUCCAAUGCCGGACCUUGGAAAUUCUUGAUUCGUUUGGCUUUGCCGAUAGAGUAUGGAAGGAGAGCAAUCAUAUGCUUGAGAUUUGUCUCUGGAAUCCAGACUCUGAAGGAAAGCUGAGAAGAUCGGAUAGAAUACCAGAUACUAUACCAGGAAUCAGUCGGUUCCAACAGGUUGUUUUGCAUCAAGGUCGAAUAGAAAGCUUCUUUCUCGAUUCUCUCGAAGAACAUAGUAAAAUCAAAGUUGAACGUGGGAUAUCUCCAUAUACGCUAGCAUUCGACGAAACAAAAGCGGAAGAUCCGGAUGAAUAUCCUAUUGAAGUCGUUCUACAACAUCUCACCGACGGCCAAAUUGAGCCCAAGCAGACCCAAGCAACGAUAGAUGGAGCAGCAACCUCGGAUGGUCUCUUCCGAAGUAACAUAGCGGCUGAUAAUGACACCGAUGAAGUUUUGAGUGAUGCACAUGAAAAUGAACUGACAGUAAUAAAUGAGACGGUCAAGGCAAAAUAUCUAAUAGGAUGUGAUGGUGCACAUUCUUGGACACGAAGACAACUAGGAAUUAAACUCGAAGGGGAACAAACCGAUUUCAUUUGGGGUGUACUUGACAUUAUUCCUAUCACAAACUUUCCAGAUAUUCGAAUGCGAUGUGCAAUUCAUUCUUCGAAGUCAGGUAGCAUGAUGGUCAUCCCAAGAGAAAACAAACUCGUCAGACUCUACAUACAAAUCACCACAACAGAAAUCGGAUCAACGGUUGAAAGAGGUUCCAUAAAUCCCAAAAUGAUUUUGGAUUCUGCCCGAAAGAUAAUGGCACCUUACAAACUAGACUACGAAUACUGUGAUUGGUGGACGGCGUAUCAAAUUGGUCAGCGAGUUGCCUCGAAUUUUUCUCAGUACGGUCGUAUAUUCCUGGCUGGCGAUGCAGUACACACCCAUUCUCCUAAAGCUGGACAAGGGAUGAAUGUUAGUAUGCAAGAUACAUUUAAUUUGGGAUGGAAAAUAGCUGCCGUUCUCAAUGGAACUGCUAAUCGAUCCAUCUUGAAAACGUACGAAACUGAACGCCGCCAUGUUGCUCAAGAACUCAUUGCCUUUGACCAUAAAUUCUCUCGACUAUUCUCUGGUAGACCAGCAAAGGAUAUUAUGGAUGAAGAGGGCAUUAGUAUGGAAGAAUUCAAAGAUGCUUUUAAGAAGGGGAAUUUAUUUGCUAGUGGUGUGUCCGUUAAUUACGGCGCUAGUAUCAUUGUUGCCAAAGCUGACGAUGCUGAUGAUGCUGAAGCAAAUGGUUAUGAGAUUCAAGCCACCCAGGAUAUUAACGCUAGAGUUAUAGGAAAAGAACAUUUGGCUACUAAUAUCAAAAUCGGAAUGCGAAUACCCAGUUUCAAAGUCCUCAAUCAAUCAGACGCGAGACCUUGGCAUUUUCAAGAGCUCUUAAAGAGUGAUGGACAUUGGAGAAUUGUAGUUUUCGCAGGAGACAUAUCAAACGGGAAUCAAAUGUUUCGAAUCAGAACUCUAAGUGAAGGAUUAGAAGCACUCGUUGCAAAGCAUGCAUUGGGAACUGACUCGAUAAUCGAAGUUCUGAUGAUCCAUAGCGCACCGCGAAUACAGAUUGAACUUCUAGACCUUCCGGAUAUCUUUCAUCCUUGGAGUGAAAGGAAUGGUUAUGAUUAUAGCAAGGUCUAUGUGGAUGAUCUUUCGUAUCACGAAGGGCAUGGAAAGGCAUAUGAGGGGUUUGGAGUGGAUAAGGAGAGGGGUUGCUUGGUGCUGGUGAGACCGGACCAGUAUGUUAGUUGGAUUGGGGAGUUGGAGGAUGGAGGUGAUGUUGAGAGGUUUUUGGGGGGGGUUUAUGGUUGACAAGGUGGAGGGGGAUGGUGAUGGAAUGGAAGGGAAUGGAUUUGAUGGGUGAGGAUUUUGGGUUGGGAUGUAGCGGUUUGUGGGUUGUGGAUUGUGGGAGUCUUUGGAUUCGACGAGUAUGUACAUCUAUCUAUCUUAUAAUUUAUUAGGUAAAAAAAUCUAGAGGAAGGCUUCGGCAUUCUUUGGGUAAAAUGUGUUCAAACUCUCGUGCGAGGAGUGCUAAACGCAAUCCAUGAUUCAAGCUUCAAGGCAGGAGUUCCAGGCGGAAAAUCAAGAUUUCAAGGGUAGGGAGGGAGGCAGGCAGGAAACUACAGUGAAUUUGGAAUGGAAAUCAAAUGUCUUGGAUGUCUCGGGCCUGAGCAGAAACAGCGAGUCCGUUGUGGUUUUGAAUGUUCAAUGAUAUGAUGAAGGAGUUGGAGUUGGAUGUGGAUUAAUGGGAGAGAGGGCGUGGGGAGAGUGGAAGAGGAGAGCGGAAGAGGAGAGUGGAAGAGGAGAGUGGAUGUGCAGAAAUGGUUUGGGGUAUGCAUAUCUAUGAAUUUGAGGAAUGGGGGAUGCGGGUUCAGGAAUGGUGGAGAUCUUGUUAGGGCUGGAAUUGGAGUGGGCGUGAACGUGGAUCUGGAUGUGGAUAUGGAUGUUUCGAUGUGACUGUUUGGAUGAGUUUGUAAAGGGGGAUGAUAUUACUAAAUAAGAUUUUUAGGGUUUUAUCGCA